GAACUAUUUCCGGUCGGACCAAAUAAGCGGAAGUUGUGUACCUCGUUUGCGGAGGUCAAGUUGAAUUGAUUCUGCAAACCAGGGGAAAUUCAGGACAAACGCUGACCGCUGUGUAUCAGUGAGUUGUUGUACAGAAGCUGCUGCCCAUCACGCAGUCAUGGUGAAGAAGAAGCCGCUUCGCCCCAUUGCAGAAAUGGCUCGGAAGAUCCGGGCGUACCGGGAGCUGAAGUCCCGGCCCCGGGAGUCCCAGAAGUACGCCCUGGACUAUGACACGAUGAAGCGGCCUCUCACUGGGAAGAUGCUGCCUGUGAUGGCCUGGCAGGAUGUCCGCAGGGAGAGUCGCCUCUUCUCCCUGCUGGCAGGCAUGAGGAUGUUCGGAGUGGGGCGUCUCUUUACCCGCAAGUCCUGGCUGGAGGACCACAAGGAGCCCAGCUACUGGCAGAUCACCAAGAUCAAGGUGGACUACACAUCUGAGAACAUGGAUCAUGGCAAAGCAUGGGGGGUCCUCACCUACAAAGGAAAAAAGGAGAGCGAGGUCAAAGAGGUGGACAAGGUGAUGUACCACGACUGGCGCCUGAUUCCCAAACACUUAGAGCAGCAGUUUAAGGAAUUUGAGCCACUCCCUGAGCCGCCUGUGCGCCAUGUCCCCUACCCUCCCCUACUCCGUGCCAUGCUGCUGGCCCAGCACAAGAAAGCAGUAGGCAGCAUUGCAGUUGAGGAGCCGACCUUACCUUUACAGAGGGACGUCGUGCUUAACAAAGACUAUUUCCGCAAGCAGGAACAAGAGAGACAGAGGACAGAGGGGACAGCGGUGUGAUACUUGUGGUUCUGAAGAUGGAACUCUUGGACAUUUUGAAGCAAAUCAGGGCUGACAGAAGUCAUAACUUCAUGGACACAAAUGAGUUCUCUGUUAUUGUCAUCUGACACAAGCCUCUCUGUAUGUAAUAUGUAUCUGUGUAGUGUGGUAAAUAUUAAAUUUAAGAUAAAAUGUA